UACUAUAUAUACUGUGAACUAGGAUCAGUUUUAAAAUAAUUCGACAAUAAUUAUACAUCGAUGUUAUCAACAUUUAUUUUAAUAUAUGAAAGAUGAUGUUAAAUCGUAAACGACCACUUCGAACAUAUGAAAGAAAAACUGCUAAGAAGCCCUUCACAAAUUUACUGCCGUCUCCUAUUAUAUUAAUCAGUAAAUAUGAUUCUUUAUGUGAUGAUCCAUUUGAAACCACAUUUGACAGAAUUGCUAAGGGAGCAGUAGUGCCUCCUAUACCGCCAGAUACAUAUCAAAACGAUUCGUGGAAAGGUAGCAGUAGUGACAGCGAUAUCAACAAUUCAACAACAAAUAUUACAAAAGCACAUAGUCAUAAAGCUUCUGAUCUUAUAUGUGAUGGUCCAGAUACACUUAAUUCAUCAUGUAGUUAUAUAUCUAAGUUAACACACAGGAGCAAUAAAUUGCCUCGUAAAUGCAGAGGACUACAAAGAAACAAAUCAGAAGUUGUCUUUAAGAAAAUAGCAUCUAAGAAGACAAUAACAACACCAAAAAAUAAAAUACAGCAGUGCAGGAGACAACGAAACAAGCGAAAGAAAACACAAUCUAAAAGAGCUAGUCGCACAUGCAAUAAACAAACAUCUCAUGAAAAUUCUGAUACAAAUUUAGAGGAUAUGAAAAAUGAUACUUCAUACAAUAAUAACAAUAAGCAUCUGUAUAAAAGAGUUUCAAAGAUCAAAAAUAUAUCGCAAACUGAAUGGAAUAAAACUAACAGCCCCAUUGCAGCUUUCAAAUAUGCUUCUAAGUGUCAACAGAAUAUUAAACCAUGUUUUGUUGAGUUAGAUGCUUGCACUGUUCAGAAAUAUGUAGUAGAUCAUGGGAAAAUUAUGGGAGCCAAGCAAGAUACACUUCAUGACAUAAAAUGUACAGGUACUUCACGUGCUAAAAGAGACAUUUCUAAAGAAUAUAAUGAUAUUUCUCAACCAAUCUCAAGUGAAUAUAACAAUAUCAUUGAAAGAUUCAAACAUUUGUCGAUUAAACAAUGCUUUGUAGCAUUGCGUGACAUUGAUAUUGUCAAAAAUCGACUAUCGAGGACUGAGAAAAGUAUAAAUGAUUCUGUUGAUACAAAAAAUAAGUCAAAUAAAUCACAUUUAAUUCCCUAUAAUUCGUCUGCAUCUUUCAAUAGUGCUAAGCUUGUGCCAUAUAAUACAAAGAGAGAAAGCUGGGAAGAAAAGCUAAUAAAAGAUAGCGUUGUCAAGGUGGAAAAAUUAAAAGUCCAGGAAUUUAUAAAGAAAGAUAGCAUGGUAUUUACAGGAAGAGAGAGAGACAUAAUUUCUAGUACUCCUAUUAGCAAAUAUGUAAAAUCUCAUGCCUGUUCGACAUCAUUCUCCCCCAUCAAUAAUACUCGCGAUACCCUAUAUCCCAUAUAUAAAUAUUCAAACGUGAGGAAAGACAUUUCCGACAUUGUGCUUCCCAAUCGAAAUAAUUCUCCUUCAUUGAUUAUGCCAUCGAAGUGCGAUUCUGAUAUUGUAGACGUACACGAACAAUCGACGCAAGUUUUGCUGUCGUCUUGGAAAAUGCAAACCAGAGAUUCCUUAAAGAUCGGAGCCUCCUUGUCUUCUGAGGAAAAUAUUCACACAUUGCCUACACAAAAGUACAACGUAAAGAGCGAUGUGAUAAGGGAAGCACCUGCGCGUUCCUUGAAUAUCUCAUCUAUCGCAGACACCGAUCCAUCAUUGUUCAGCGAUUACUCGUCGAAGAAUAUAGAAUGUCAAGUGCAAAAGAUACAUUCCACGAAUACGUCGACAUGCGAUAAAAUUGCACACACGACGGAUUCGUUCGUUGAUCUAGGUCUGGAACGAAAGCGAAUAAAUACAAAUACGGAAGAUGAAAUUGUUAACAAUGAUAAGAGCAGCUCUUUCAGCGAAGAUCAGGACGUCAACAUCAACAACACCGUGUUUCUCGCACGAUUGCAGGAUUCGUUGAAAAUUACAGGAAGGAGAACGCGAUAUUCCAAGUGGCUCAGCAAUCAAUUAAGCAGCUUCAAAAGCUCGAUUGACGAAGCAGAAUCAAAUAGCGAGAUAUUUCGUUGCGAAAUCGAUGAAAUUCGCGACAUUCCUUCGGAAAUAUGUAAUUUCGAAUGUUCAACGAAUGCGAUGAAGAAAUCGCUCGAUUUCACACAGUUGCUCGAUGAUGAGAAUAAACGAGUCGAAAAAUCCGUUUUUCUGAAACCGGGCAAAUAUUGGGCCAGAUCCUUGUCAAUAUUACAUCGCAUAAACGAUGGAUCUAAUUUAGACAAAUUGAGCCUCGGGAAAGGAAAAAGAUGGAGACAUAGCGUCAAAGAUAUAUUGGAUAUGCAAAAACAAGGAAUUUUCCAAAGCUGCUUGAAAAAAGAUAAGGAUGACGCGGAUUUGUCCUGCAAAGAGCUCGAUGCAUCGGAUAUCGUAUUGUCAUUCGACGAUGACAAGCAUAAAACGUUUAAUUCGGAAAACCAUGCUAGACUUUCUAAGAGAAUCUCGGUGCGAGUCGUGCCUAACAAUACGAGUACUGGAUGCAAGAUCAAAGACACCUCGUUUCUCGAGGCGUUUGGAAUAAAAUCGGAAAAGUCUUCGAGUUUGGAACUGUCACUUCACGAAAAAUCGCACAAUAAUCGAAUUAGCAAAAGGCAUUCCACAACUGCGAAAGAUCUUGUUUUGCAAAGAUGUUUGCAAAAAUCUUACUUAUCUUUUUCCCACUGCUUCCCAGAUUCAUAUUUGAAAUAUUGCUGCAAAAUUGGUGAAGGCGUUUACGGAGAGGUUUUUCUUUACGAAUAUCUCGAUAAAAAGUCAGUUCUAAAAAUUAUUCCUAUAGAGGGCGACAAGUUGGUCAAUGGCGAGCCGCAAAAAAAAUUCAACGAGAUACUGUCAGAAAUUGUGAUUGCAAAAGAAUUGGAUAAUCUGAGAUUAAAUACUGUGUAUAAGACUAGCGGAUUUGUCGAAGUACGAAGUAUCAAAUGUAUCAUUGGAAAAUAUCCGAAGAGGCUUGUAGAGCUAUGGAAUAUUUACGAUGACAAUAAGACCUCUGACAAUGAUUGUCCAUCGAUGUUUGAAGAAAAUCAAUUGUACAUUGCUCUCGAACUCGGUGACGGUGGAGAAGACAUGGAGGCGUUUGUCUUUCAAACGGCGGAGGAAGCCCGCGCUUUGUUUUUACAAACUGCAUUUGCAUUAGCGAUUGCCGAAAAAGCACUUGAAUUUGAACACAGAGAUUUGCAUUGGGGUAAUGUACUAAUAUCGAGAACGAAAGAACCAUACAUAUACUAUACUCUCAACGGGAGAGAAAUUAAAUUACCUAGCAACGGUGUAAAGGUGUCGAUUAUAGAUUUCACCCUGUCAAGAAUGUUGUAUCAAGGAUGUUGCAUAUACAACGAUCUUGCACUGGAUCCGGCCUUAUUUACCGCAUAUGGCGAAUAUCAAUUUGAGAUUUAUCGUCUAAUGCGCGAGAAAAUUCAAAAUAAUUGGAAUAAAUUCGAACCAUACACAAAUAUCUUAUGGUUACAUUACAUUUUGGAUAAGAUGAUCACAGCAGUAAGAUACAAAAGGAAGAACGUAAAAGUACAUAAACAUGCUAUUGUCAGAUUAAAAGAAUUUAGGGAUAUAAUUUUAAACUAUGACAAUGCAUUUGAUUUUGUGACCGAUUCCAGCGUCGUGCAUUUGUAAGUUGGCGACAGGAGAUCUCUCGGUAACGAAUCAAACUUUGCAAAACUUUAAAAAUUUUUUUAUAUGUCACUUGAUCACAUAUGUACAGAUCAAUAACGUUUGUACUGUUACAAGACUGAAAAAUUACCAAUAAUCUUUCUUAAACUUUUACACUAUUUACAUCUCUAUUAAGUUUAUUUAUAAUUAAAAUUGAAUAACUUCGUUCUUCAUUUAUCGUUUUUAUGCAUGUGAUAAUAAUAAUUAACAAA